AUGGGUGUUGUCUGGGGAAUGGGUCAGUUCCAAAGUAAGGACUUCAUCCCUUACAAACACACACAAGUUCCUGCUUUGCCAUUUCUACUGUCUCACUGUUUUCACUCAGUCACCGUGUUGCAUCUUCUCUUUCUUGAUUUCUCCUAUGUUCAUCUCUCUUCUUCAUUUUCUCUUUCCUUUUUUGCUUCUCUUUUUCUUUCCUUCUCAACUUUUCUUUUUUUUUUUUUCCUUUCAGUUUCCCUUUUUCUUUCUUUUUUCUCUCAUUCUUCCGUUCCUUCUCAACUUUUCUUUUCUUUCCUUUUUGCUUCCCCUUUCCUUUCUUUCUUUCAUUCUUUUUUUCUUUUUCCAUCAUCUUCAUUUUUUUCUCAACUUUUCUUUUUUUUUUCCUUUCAGUUUCCCUUUUUCUUUCUUUCUUUCUUCUCUCAUUCUUUCUUUCCUUCUCAACUUUUCUUUUUUUCCUUUCAGUUUCCCUUUUUCUUUCUUUCUUUCUUUCUUCUCUCAUUCUUCUGUUCCGUCUCAACUUUUCUUUUUUCCUUUCUGCUUCCCCUUUCCUUUCUUUCAUUCUUUCUUUCUUUUUCUAUCAUCUCCAUUUUUUUUUUCUCAACUUUUCUUUUUUUCCUUUCAGUUUCCCCUUUUCUUUCUUUCAUUCAUCUUUAUCUAUUUAUCCCCUCCUUUCCUUUCAUUCUUUGCUUUUUCAUUGUUCACUGUCUCCUUUGUUUCACAUUUUUUUUUAUUCACCUUUCAUUAUUUUUAUACCCAUUUUCUUUCAUCUUUUGUCUUCUUUCUUUUUCUCUUUGUUCCUCUUUUAUUAACCUUUCUUAUUUUUUCUUCUUUCACUUUUUGUAUUCAUCUUUCAUUUUCUUAUUUCUUCUUUUGUUCAUCUCACUUUUUCUUUCAGCUUCCCUCUUUUUCCUUUGCUUCCCUUUUUCUUUUUUCAUUUUUCUUUUACCAUUUUUCUUUCCUGUUCUUGUUUAUUCCUUCACCUUUCUUCUUUCCUUUCUUUCCUUUUUUCUUUUCUUUCUAUCACUUCUUUUGUCCAUCCUUUUCUUUCAUCCUUAUUCUUUCUUUUUCUUCUAUAUCCUUCUUCUCUUCUUUGAUCAAUUUUCUUUUAUUCUUUCCCUUUUUUUUGUUUUUCUUCAUUUUUUUCAUUUUUCUCUUUCUUUUACUCAUAUUUUUUCUUCUUUGUAUAUUCAUCUUCUUUUUUCCUGCCAUUCUUUCUGCCCCCAUUUAUUUUAUUCAUCUUUCCUCUUUCUUUCUUUUUAUUCUAUCACUUUUCUCUUUUUUCUUUCGUCUUUGCUUCUAUUUUUUUUAUUAAACUUUCUUUUUACUUUUUUCUUCACCUUUUCUCUCUCUAUUUUUUUCUUCACUUCCCUCAUUUAUCCCACUCAUUCCUUUUCCUUCUCUAUUAAUGGAUUCAUUCCAGGCAGUGAACUUCAUUUCUUUUAA